UGGCUCCAAUGUUCUGGGCACUUGCUUUGGGCUGUCUUUGCUUCUCACUAGCCUCAAUAAGUGCCCAAACACAAGGACAUGCUCCAUCAAAGUUGCCAACUUCAACCCCAACUGCACCAAUAACAGCAUCUUCUUCUCCCACUUCUUCUGCAAACAAAUCACCAACCAUAACUCACCCACCUGCAACUGCACCAGCAACUGUUAAACCACCACUUCCUAAGGUUGCAUCUCCAACAUCAUCUGUUCCUGUUCCUGUUCCUGUUAAAUCACCAUUUCCUAAGGCUACAUCUCCAACAUCUGCUCCUGUCAAAACACCACUUCCCAAGAUUACAUCUCCAACAUCUGCUCCUGUUAAAACACCACUUCCUAAAACUACAUCUCCCACAUCUGCUCCUGUUAAAACACCACUUCCUAAGAUUGCAUCCCCAAUAUCUGCUCCUGCUCCUGUCAAAACACCAGUUCCUAAGACCACAUCUCCCACAUCUGCUCCUGUCAAAACACCAGUUCCUAAGACAACAUCUCCCACAUCUGCUCCUGUUAAAACACCACUUCCUAAAACCAUAUCUCCAACAUCUCCUCCUGUUAAAUCACCACAUCCAAAAACUACAUCUCCAACAUCUGCUCCUGUUAAAACACCUGUUCCUAAGCCUGUUUCUCCAAAAUCUGCUCCUGUAAAAUCACCAGUUCCCAGGGCUAUAUCUCCAAUAUCUGCUCCUGUAAAACUACCGGUUCCAAAGAUUAUAUCUCCAACACUUGCUCCGGUGAAAUUACCAGUUCCUGAAGCCAUAUCUCCAGCAUUUGCUCCUGUUGAAUCGCCAGUUCCAGUGACUGCAUUUCCAAUAUCUGAUCCUUUUCCAUAUCCUGAUCCCAUAGUUACAGCUCCAAUAUCUCCUCCAGUGAAACUACCAACUCCACGAGUUAAACCAUCAUCAUUAGCUCCUGCAAAAUUACCAAUCGCCAAGGUUUUACCACCGCCAUCUCCUCCUUUGAAAUCACCACCUCCCAUUGCGAAUAGUGCAGCAGGGAAAAAGAUAUGGUGGAGUAUUGGAGUAGCUAUUUCCAUUUUGUUAUCUGUCAGCAUUUGAGACGAGCACCAGCUCCUACAUAAGUCUUAUGUGACCACCAUGGAUUCACCCUAAAUGAUAAAUUGUGAUCAUUUUUUUUUCUUUGCUUCAAAUACGAAUGAAAGAGUUAUUAUUUAAUAAUCAGGAAAUUCAGUUAACUUCUGAAGGCCUUAUUUGUGUUUGACUAAGAACCUUGAUGUGAUUAUAAGCUAAACUGAAUUUUACAUUUCAGAGAGGGAGUAUAAACAAGAUAUCCAUGUUUGAUAUGAUGAACUCUAAAAUAUUCCAUGUAGAAUAUUAUAUAAUAUUAUUCCUCUUUUAAUUAU